CGAGACUGCCAUGGAGGCCCAAACAGGGUCGAACGCACGGAAACCUCGAUCUUUGAGCCCUUGCGCCCUCGAGCCUCCACGGCGGCGGGCCCUAGUCCUCGGCGGGCCGCCGAUCGGCAGGCGCCCACGCCCCUCCUCGCGCGUGACCCGAGCCGCCUCUCCUCGUCCCCCCACGGUGCCCCUCAGCCCCGCGCCGUUGCCCCGCCCCCCCCCGCCCGGGCGCUGCGGGAUGGCGCUGCCCGACACGUCGUCGCUCGACCGCGAUGGCGAUGGAAAGCUCAGCGGCGGCGAGAUCAAGGAGGCAUUCGCUGAGAUUGAUAAGGACCAUGAUGGCGUCGUCACAAGACAAGAACUUCGCAGUCGCUUCGCUGAUGAAGAAGUUCAGGCGAUCCUCGAUUCCGGGGACCAGGACGGCGACGGGAAGUUGAACAUCGAGGAGUUCACACACGUCAUGACGCUCUUCAACGCGCCCGACAGCACCAUGGUCAACAUCAUGCAGGAUCUGGCUCAUUCGCGACGGAUGGCGGAGCGGAACAACAAGGCGCGCAUGGACCAGAUAGACCGCAUACGGAAGAAGCUCGAGAAGGCCGGCUGCUCACGUCGAGCGCACUCCCAGAUUGAUGGGCCAAUUUUUCACCACAACUACCAUAUGCAGGAGAAGGCCGACUUCGCCGACGAGCUCCAGCGGAUGCGGAGGGACGCGCAGCAGAAGGUGUUCGCCAACAUGGACGACAUCAGGGACAAGAUGCACUCCCUGAGGAACAGCCAGAGUGAGGACAACACCCAGAUGGAGGAGAAGAUUCGCAUGGUCCGGGAGGAGCUUGAGAAGAUGAAAGCCAGCAUCACGAGCGUCACCGAGAGGCGAGGCGGCCGAACCCACUGACUCGCUGCUCUUGUGUGGCUUGAGGUGCUGCGUCGGGUGAUGCUUCCUGAUGUGCCCCUUGCCGCACGAUCGAUCCAGGCCCGACGCUCCAGUCACUGGUUGUUGAUCGGACGAUGGUCUGGGGGGAAGCGAGGGGACGACUCCGACAUCUGAAAUCCUCUUAUCCCCUACGCUCCGCGUAAGUGCUU